AUCAGGGUCAAGAGAAUAUGCGAACUUGAUGGAUUAUUCUCACAAUCUCCUUUUCUGAUAAUAUUUUAGCAUUGGGGUCUGAGGCGAUUGUCAGCCUCAACAGCCGCCGCCAGAGCGGGGCUUCUGUCACAGCCACGAUCAUUCACAGCCUAAUCUCAACACCUCACUUUCUUUCGAUGUUUCAUCUUCUCAUAGCCUCACUUUUGCCUCUCUCAUCAUCAAUCAGAUGGAUCCAAAAAUCGAAAAUUGGAUCCAAGAGGGCCUCAUGACACCCGAAGGCGUCCUCAACUUUCUCGCCCAGAACUUCGCUGAAUACCACUUCUCCGACGACAAAAAGCUACAACUUCGAAAGAUAUUCGACAAAUUGUCCACUGAUGACAGGCUGAAUGAGUCAGGGUUUCUCUCUCACCUGCAGAGGAAGCGUCUCCUGCCUCCCCACCUGGCAGGAGCAGGGCCUGUCCUCUAUCGCGCUCUCCUCUAUCUGUCCCAAUUUCCCUUUGACCAGAAACCGGUUAAAUCAUUGGCCUUUAGCGGACUCGUCCGGGCGUUAUCCUGGACUGAUCUUGGAAAGUUCCAAAAGGCCAGCGGUUCAGGGUCCAACACACGCACCAAAACACCAGCCGACUCUCGAAGAAUCAUCUUCCAGAGUCUAGCACAACCCGCGACGGCGCAAAACUCCCCUUUGACGUGGAAAAGGCUCGAAAAGAAAUUUAUGUCUGAGUUCCUCGCGACGAACCACGAUCACGACGGCGAUGAAAUGUUCCACGAUCAUCUGGAUUUCCUGUACGAAGUGCAACAAGUUGAGCUAGGAUAUGGGUCUAUCCACAGAGAUAAGUUUAGACCUUUGGCUAAACAGUUUCACGGGGAUAAGGCGUAUCUACAUCAUCUUACCAUCCCGCAAGAUGAGUUUCGCGAGUUUAUCAAAUUGACCCUGUUUGGUGGUUUUGGUCGUGCUAUUGCUCCAAUCGAGCAGAUUUCGGAUUUGGAUGCUGUUGCUAAUAUCGUUGUGGCUCCGUUUAUCCAGGAUCCUGACAUUAUUGGCAUUACGUGGGAUAUGUUCGACCAUGCCUUUCGAAUCACGCCCGGUUUAUUCGAUGCCAUCGCCCGCCUCUUCUCAACCGUCUUCUACACACCCCCAACUGAAACAAUCCCACUCUCCAAACCAGGCAAAAUAGCCACAGUCCCCAUUCUCUCCCAACUCUCCUUCCUUGACUGGGACAUCGAAGAAGCACUCACCUUCACUCCCAAACCCUACAAUCCCAAUACAACACAACUCACAACAAACAACCCUUAA